GAGCGGAGCAGAACAGAGGAAACGGCGGCACCGUCUCGUUUCCACCGGGCUUCUACCCCCUCAACCACAACAGCAGCAGCGCAGGCCGGAACAACGCCGCCUAGUGUCCGCCACGCCAUUCUUUUCCCCUCGUCUCCUCGCUGCGAGCGGGCACGCCAAAACCCAUCGAACGAACCACCCUCCCCCCCACCCCGGCGUCCACCAUCCAAUCAACCCCCCACCGUCGCCUCCGCGUCCGGAUCCUCCUCUUCCUCCUACCACCACCGCCUGCCAGCUCUCGGGGUCGCCUCUCUGCUGUCCCCAGCCCCGCGACCGCGAGAGCUCGCGCCGCGGCUCCCCCCGCCCGUGACCGGGGCCGACGGUUCGAUCUGCUGCCGGCGGCGGGAGACGAGGGCUUGCGUCCCCAGGACCCAGGUUUUUUUAGUAAUUAGCAUCUUUAACAUGGCAUUGAUGCCAUGAUCUCAUACACCUAUGAGGUCAUGCCAACUUCCUUACCUAUACCGAUGUUCUGAAGCCCUCUUCAAAAGAAAGAGAUGGAAGUAACUGAUCUAGAAAAUCCUACUUCCAGAAGCUCAUCCCAGAAAUCCAGUCGCCGCUCUGGUAGUCGGCGUUCUCAAAAGUCAGCAGGGCAACAAUCUUCGCCAACUGUAUUUCCAGAGAAAAAGGGCAAAUCAAAAUCUUCAAAGCAGAAACACUUGGUUUUUGACAAUAAAGAUUCCAAGAAAGCAAAAAAUAGUGAGCAAAAGAAUGAUGUGGUGGAUGAGAAGUCUAAUUUCUCCGGUUAUGAAAUAUAUUCUGGAAAACUCGUUUUUGACAAGAAAAAUAGAAUUACAGGAGAUCAAAUUUCAGCAAAUGGGAAAGCCGAUACAACUGAUGUAAGACUCACAAGUAAAGCCCUAAUAUGGGGUUCCUCUUUACUCACUCUUGAGGAUGUCAUCUCUGUAUCUUACAGUUCUGGCGUCCAACAUUUUAUUGUGCAUGCAUACCCUUCUAACAAGUAUUUGUUUGGAAGGACACAGAGAGUUCGGAAGGACCUACGGUUUAUAGCUCCUACUGUAGAGGAGGCCAUUUCAUGGGUAACAUGCUUUGCCGAACAAAACAUAUAUGCUAACAUAAUACCUCUCCCUCCAACAUCCAGUACCGAGCAAGACCCUGAUGGUCCCCUCAGUGGUGCUUUAUUUGACUACCCACCCAUCAAAUGUAGAACUCCACCAAGAAUACUUGUUAUAUUGAACCCUCGGUCUGGACAUGGUAGAUCAUGCAAAGUUUUCCAUGACAAAGCAGAACCUAUUUUUAAGCUUGCAGGUUUUCACAUGGAAGUAGUGAAAACUACUCAUGCUGGUCACGCUAAAUCGCUUGCAUCUUCAUUUGAUUUUCGCUCAUUCCCUGAUGGAAUUGUUUGUGUAGGUGGUGAUGGCAUUGUAAAUGAGGUCUUCAACGGUCUUCUCAGUAGAACUGAUAGAGCAGAAGCUGUAUCAAUUCCAGUUGGAAUAAUCCCAGCAGGAUCUGACAAUUCACUUGUUUGGACUGUUUUGGGAGUUAAAGAUCCUAUUUCAGCAUCAUUACUAAUUGUUAAGGGUGGCUUUACUGCCCUAGACAUAUUGGCUGUUGAGUGGAUCCAAUCGGGACUAAUACACUUCGGCACAACUGUUUCAUACUAUGGUUUUGUUAGUGAUGUCCUGGAACUUUCUGAGAAAUAUCAAAAGAAAUUUGGUCCUCUUCGAUAUUUUGUGGCUGGAAUCCUGAAAUUUUUUUGCCUGCCAAGCUAUUUCUAUGAGUUAGAGUAUCUUCCUUCGUCAAAGGAGAUGUCUGGCCAUGGAAAAGGUACUGGACAAGACAAUGCUGUGUCUGAUAUUUAUACCAAUGUAACGCGCAGUCGGUCAAAAAGAGAAGGAAUUCCACGGGCUUCCAGUUUGUCAAGUAUUGACUCAAUUAUGACUCCAAGUCGUAUGUCACUAGGGGACAUUGAUACAUCAGGUAGCACAGCAGCAAGUACUGAACCGUCAGAGUAUGUUCGUGGUCUUGAUCCAAAAGCAAAACGCCUUUCUCUGGGCAGAAGCAACAUUGUUUCAGAACCAGAAGAAGUUUUACACCCUCAACCACAUCACGGAUCAUUCUGGCCAAGAACCAGGUCUAAAACAAGAACUGAGAGAAAUUCCGUUGGUGUCACGACUACAGAUACACGAUUAUCUUGGGCAGCCCCAUCAAUGCAUGACAAGGAGGACAUUUCCUCAACAAUUUCAGAUCCAGGACCCAUUUGGGACUCUGAACCAAAGUGGGACACUGGACCAAAAUGGGAUACAGAGGUAACCUGGGAGUCUGACCACCCGAUUGAACUCCCUGGACCACUAGAAGAUAAUGAAAUUGGACCAUCAGUGGAACUUGUGCCAAAUUUGGAUGAUAAAUGGGUAGUCAGGAAAGGGCACUUUCUUGGUGUCCUAGUUUGCAACCAUUCAUGCAAGACAGUGCAAAGUUUGAGUUCACAGGUUAUUGCACCAAAAGCCAACCACGAUGACAACACCUUAGACUUGCUUUUAGUUGGUGGAAGGGGUAGAUGGAAGUUGUUGAAAUUUUUCAUACUACUUCAAUUUGGUCGUCACCUUUCUUUGCCUUAUGUGGAAUAUGUGAAGGUAAAGUCUGUCAAGCUUAAACCUGGUGCAAAUACGCAUAAUGGGUGUGGGAUAGACGGCGAGCUUUGCCGCGUCAAGGGACAUAUACUUUGCUCCCUGCUACGAGAGCAAUGCAUGCUUAUUGGCCGGCAGAGCAGACAAUCUACUUAAGUGCUGUAAAAUUUGUUGAAUUUCGAGUUUUUGAGGCACUGUAUUUUCUGUUUCCACUUGAACAACUGAUUUUGCUUUUUUUGAGUUGUCUAUAUCUCGUUACUUGCUAAUGGGGGGUGUGAGUGGGUUCAGAACGUGCAGACCUCGAGAAUUUGGACUGAACAAACAAUGUUGUGAUGCUUCUGUAUAUUCGAGUGAUUAUAGGAAAAUACCUUGAUUCUUUUCAUU